CCUCUCGCCCUUGCGAUGGCGAAUAAACUAGCCCCGCAGCUCGCCGCCCCGAGGGAGUCCCCGGGAUGCUCCUCACAAGUGAAAUGGGGAGCAGCCAGCGUGCCGCGGGUCUUUCACCAGAGGGGCUCGGGUGGGGGCUCGUGGCUGGCCCAGGGGCUCUUCCCGAGGGAGGCCUUUCUGUGUCCUCCCAGCACCCGGGUGGGUUACGGUCAGGACUUCCCUAUUCUGUGCCAGACAUGUCUUGGAGAGAACCCGUACAUCCGCAUGACCAAAGAGAAGUAUGGAAAGGAAUGCAAGAUUUGUGCCAGGCCCUUCACAGUGUUCCGCUGGUGCCCUGGUGUUCGUAUGCGUUUCAAGAAAACCGAAGUGUGCCAGACGUGCAGCAAGCUGAAGAACGUCUGUCAAACCUGCCUGCUUGACCUGGAGUAUGGUUUGCCUAUCCAAGUCCGGGAUGCAGGACUCUCCCUUAAGGACGAAAUGCCUAAAUCUGAUGUCAAUAAAGAGUAUUACACCCAGAACAUGGAACGUGAGAUAGCCAACUCUGACGGCACCAGACCAGUGGGCGCGCUAGGAAAAGCUACUUCCACCAGUGACAUGCUGCUGAAGCUGGCUCGGACCACGCCUUACUACAAACGUAACCGUCCUCACAUCUGUUCCUUCUGGGUAAAAGGAGAGUGCAAGCGAGGAGAAGAGUGUCCUUACAGACAUGAGAAACCGACAGAUCCGGAUGAUCCCCUGGCUGAUCAGAACAUCAAAGAUCGUUACUACGGAAUUAACGAUCCUGUGGCUGAUAAGCUGCUGAAACGAGCAUCGACCAUGCCUCGACUGGACCCUCCUGAUGACAAGACCAUUACUACGCUGUAUGUUGGAGGGCUUGGAGAUACGAUCACUGAAUCAGAUCUCAGAAAUCACUUCUACCAGUUUGGGGAAAUUCGGACGAUAACUGUGGUGCAGAGACAGCAGUGUGCUUUCAUCCAGUUUGCCACCCGGCAAGCUGCAGAAGUGGCUGCUGAGAAAUCCUUCAACAAACUCAUCGUCAACGGCCGCCGGCUCAAUGUCAAAUGGGGCAGGUCUCAGGCAGCAAGAGGAAAAGAGAAGGACAAAGAAGGUACUACAGAGUCUGGGAUAAAGCUGGAACCAGUUCCAGGGCUUCCCGGAGCUCUCCCACCUCCUCCAGCUGCAGAAGAGGAGGCUUCUGCAAAUUACUUCAACCUACCUCCGAGUGGCCCCCCAGCUGUGGUUAACAUUGCCUUGCCACCACCUCCUGGCAUUGCUCCGCCACCACCUCCAGGUUUUGGACCACACAUGUUCCACGCCAUGGGGCCACCGCCUCCCUUCAUGAGAGCGCCAGGCCCCAUUCACUACCCGUCUCAAGAUCCCCAGAGGAUGGGCGCCCACGCGGGAAAGCACAGCAGCCCCUAGCACAUCGUGUCACCCUCGUCGUCUAAGUAAAUGUUAUUUUCUAGUUACCAUGGUAGUGCCGUAUGUUGAGCUGUGGGUGAGCUAGAGAAGCCUUAUUUCCCUGCUUGCAGACGCUGGGCAAGCUGAGCUCUGUGUCACCGUUAGCUAUCGGAUCGCUGAUACAGCCCAGGUCUUUCGUUUAGUAUCGGGGGGUGGGGGGCAGACAAGAAGGGCUGUCAGGGGGGUCUGUGGAUCAGGUGUACCAGAAUUACAGUGCUCGUAGUGUAUCCCAUUUGCACACUUUUGAAAUAAACUUCUGGAAAAACAAAAACCAAACCCUCUUCAAGCCCGUUUGAUAUCCUCAGGCUGAGCACUGUGGACUAUUUAAGUGUAACGAGAGACUUCUCUGUGUCAAGUCGCCAAUGACUUGUUACUCUAAUGACGUAUUAAUCUUGUAGUAUCGAGCCAGGACUGAAUAAGAGCAGAAAAACAAGCUUGUCACGUGUGCCAAACACAUGGCUUUACCUUACCAGCGCCACAGAAUUUUUUUCCCCUACUUUUUAAAAACUUUUAACAGAAGGAAACUUUCUGGUGCUUCACUUCUAAUCCCGCGUGUCCCGAGCAAGAAAAGUUGGGUUGUGCAAGCAGCCCCCUGGUGAUGCAGGCGUGACCUGGAGUGACAGGUUAGCAGUUCUCACCCGGUGACGCUCCCCAGAAGGUGCUCGUGUGCCCCCCUGCAGCUGUCAGCAGCACAGUACAGCUGCAGACUCGUCCUGCGUAUUUACAGGACACGAUCAGGGCUUUCAAGGCGUUUGGAUACGGUCUCUUCUUAAACUCUGAGAUGGAUCCAACAUCUUUCUGAUUUAAUAAGACGUGAAACUUUUCUUUCUGUGCUCCAACUAUAGCAUUUGUCUAGGAGCAACCGCAUGGAGCCUGCCGUUGAAUAAGGUGUAUGGGCACGUGGCCAGAGGAUUUUAAGAUACCUGUAUGUCUGCUGCUUUCACGUAACUGAUCUGUGGGCAUCUUUCUGUAAAGCAAAACACGGUGGGACCUGUUCUGAAGACUCCUUUGCUUGUUUGAAAAAAAUACAUUAAAUACAUGAGUUUUUCAA